CCCACUUUCAUAUACUUAUAUAGAUCUGAUCCCAUUUUUAGUUUCUGCUCAUCGAUCAUAUUAUAUUCCUUCUUUCUAGCACUGAGUUUUGGGUUACCUAGCUUCAGAGAUCAACAUGAGGAAAAGUUGCAAUCUGGAACUAGAACUUCGCCUUUUUUCUUCUGAUGAAUGUUCCAGCUCCCCUCAUCACCAAUCAAGUCAAGACCUGCAACAGCAACAGCAGCUAACCAUGCAACAGAAACAGCAGCUAACCAUUCUCUACAAUGGAGUAAUGUGCGUUUCUGAUGUCACUGAGCUUCAGGCUAGAGCCAUUCUUUGUGCGGCAAACAAUGAGAUAGGGGAAACAGUGGUAAAGAUUAGUACUAUUCCAAGUCCGAGUCCAAGUGGGUCGUAUGAAUUAUCUUCACCAAGCCUGCACUACUCUCCACUAUGCAGCAGCCGUGUUCCAGCAGGUGGUCUAUCCUCUAUGAAGAAGUCACUGCAAAAUUUUCUCCAAAAGAGAAAACAUCGGAGCCAAGCAACACAUCCCUACCAUAGAAGAAUUGUAAAUUAGUUAAUUACAAUAAGAAAAUUGUUAGCAGACUCUCUAUAUUAAUUUCUUAGUUAUUUGAUCAAUUUUAGUAACUUCAUCAAACUCUUAA